AUGAUUAAUUCUUUAGAUGCAAACUUAUUGUUCCCUCAGAUUUCUCUUGAAGGGCUGCCGCUUGAGAAUUCUUAUGAGAACAUAGAGUAUGCUAUGGGACAAAUAUAUCUGAAGCAAUCACAAACAUGGGGACAGCACGGCACAAGGGAAAGGGAGAACACAUCAUCAUCCUUCUUUUUAUCGCCCAUUACGUCGAUAGAUUCGACCUAUCAGAACACCAUUACUCCACUGAUCGAUGAGCAGUUAGAAAUUAAAGAACAUUUUUCACCACUUUUGUCAUUACCAAUUGAGAUAUUAUACCAGAUUAUUGAGACUGUUUAUUACGACGAUAAUACUAACUCCAUCAACUCUAAUUUGGACAGUUUCUCAAACACUUUGCCCUUGUUAUCGAAAACUUUAAAUCAGUUGUCAUUACGUUUUUUAUACAAGUAUGCCAUCUUCAAUCGGCCACAGGCGUUUGACAAGUUCUUGAGAGUAUUACUUGAUUCGCAUGGAUUAGGAGAUUAUGUGGAGUUUAUCGAUUUCCAAACUUUUACGUCUAUAGGUUUGGGGAGAACAGGGAGAAUGAACCAGGAGAUUCAAAUGGUCACUUCAAAAACAAUCAGGCAAACAUUAGAACUCACCCCCAAUUUAAUCGAAUUUUUAGCCAGUGAAAACAUCCAGGAUGAUUUAGAUUGCAGUGUUUUAGAUGCUUUGUUUAACGGUCUACCCAAGAUUCAAGCACUUGAUUUCUGUGGAGCUAGCAGUGUUAGUUUCGCAGAAGCUUUCCAACAAUUAGUCAUAUAUGAUCCACAUGAAGAAAUAGCUGAGGAUGGGACCAUAAUUUACAAACACAGUUUAGACAACUUAUUUAAAGUCUCGUUUCACGAUUGUUCUAAUUUAGCACCAGAAGUAUUCAUCAAGAUGUUUCCUCAUUUUGUUCGCUUGAGAAGGUUAGAUUUGAAUCAUACUUCGGUGACCUCGUCUCUUUUGAACUCGUAUAUCCCGGUAACAGCAAGAUUUACUCACUUGUCUCUUGCGAGAUGCUCGAAGCUUACAACCAAAGAUUUGAUUCAUUUUUUAGUCAACCACCCAGCCGUUUCGAAUGAUACGCUUGAAUGGUUGAAUCUCCAAAUUGAUCUAAAUGUGGUAAGUCCUCUCAACGAUGUAUAUUUGCUAUAUACCUUGAGACAUAUGAAGGCAUCUAAUCUAAAAUACUUGAACAUAGGUGGUAUGCCUAUUGACAACCGCAUCCUUAAAGUCAUAAAACAGAAAUUCACUAAACUCGAAAGUCUUUCGAUUGGGCAUGCGUCAAUAGAUGUAAAUGACAUUAAUGCGUUCUUGGAAAAUAAUUCAACUAUCAAAUUUAUUGACAUAAGCGGUAUCAAAAGUUUUUCAAGAUGGUCAUUAAGUAACCUUCUCAAGGCAAAUUUUGAUUCAUCUUUGGAAGCGGUCGAAUUUGACUAUAAAACUGUAUGGGAGCUCACUGGUGGAGAAUCCAUUAAGGUUUUACCGCUUCAACAAUCAUUUACAGAACCGGUUGUUGAACCUCAAGUUUGGAAAUUUUACGAUAACGAAGGCAGGAGAGCGUGGCUUUAUAAGUUGUCUCUGUUUGAUCCAGAGUAUAAGGCGAUCGUUAAUUCAGUUAGGGGUCUGAGGAUAGUCAACACCAAUUUGACUUACUAUGAUUUAGAAACUGGAAGGAAAAUUCAAACUAAAGUUACUCAGCCCAAAUUUCUCAAGUACGCUUCUAAAAAGAUUAACUGCUCGAUAGGUUACUUCAAUUUAAACCAGUGCAAAAAGAAGCGAUAUUUAAAGAAUGAACUCAAAGAGGAUACCUGGCCGGUUGCAUUUAGUCAGAGAGGAAUCUACAAUUACUAUUCGUUGAAUGUGAGAUAG